GCUGUCAUUCGAGCCCAGCAGCACAGCAUCACGGGGGUUACACUCUCUCUCACACAGGGAGUGGUGAAGAACAUUAUCCCCGCUAUAGCAUCAACCAACGCCAUCAUAUCAGCGGUGUGCGCACUGGAGACUCUCAAGAUCGCUACAAUGUGCUCCGCUGGGAUGAACAACUACGUGAUGUAUGUGGGCACGCAGGGAGUGUACUCACACACCGUGGCCUAUGAGAGGGACCCUGAGUGCCUUGUGUGCAGCGCUGACGUCCCUGUCACCGUACCGUCCACAGCCACUCUGCAGCAG